AUGGAAGCAGUUUACUUGAUUCUGCUGAUAUUUGCUGCACUUCUGGUAGGCGAAACUAUUCCACGGCAAGUUCGGCGCGACAAACGAAAUCUCAUCAUUGGCGGUACGCAAAUUUCAAUAACGGAGGCACCCUACCAGAUAGCAUUACUCAUAAAUGGAGCAUUCAAUUGUGGCGGUUCAAUCAUCGGUGCAAGGUGGAUACUGACCGCAGCACACUGUAUUUCAGCUAGAGUGGAUGAAAAACGGUCGGUUCGCGUGGGUUCAAACCCAAAGAACGCUGGUGGAGUAGUGGUAAACGUUUUGCAGGCCAUUAGACAUCCUAACUAUUAUAAAGACAAUCUAACGACGGUAUACUACGAUAUUGCAUUACUAUGGUUGGAAGAACCUUUACACUUCGAUGGUAGCGGUAUAUCAUGUGUAUCGCUUCCCGCACAAGGCGAAAAAUUACAAGCGGGUAGUGUAGGCAAAGUUUCCGGUUGGGGUAAAACGGGUAAAUUCGGCAAUUCACCAUUAAGUGACACGUUGCGGGCAGUUUUUACGACUGUUCUACCAUUCAAACAUUGUCAAGAAGCUUAUACUUCCAAGUACAUGCAUGAAGAUACACAAUUUUGCAUUGGAGAUCUUGGAGCUGAUAAAGGGUCAUGUAAAGGUGAUUCCGGUGGGCCAUUCAUAGUUGGAAAAACGGUCUAUGGUGUUGUAUCGUGGAGUCGACAAUGUACCGAAGUCGGCUCUCCAGCUGUUUUAACGAACGUUGGGGCCUACGUACAGUGGAUUCAAUACACCGUGGCGUCCGCUUCAACGCUAGAAGACUUAGUUUGUUUUUGA